GAGUUAUCCUUUCUGAUUAGAUCUUCUAUUUCUGUAAGGAAGUUAUUUCCAAAUUAAAAUAAAAUGAAAAAAAAAGAAGAAAGAAAAAGAAAAGAGUUAGGAGAGGAGGCUAUAAUAGUAGUAGAGAAAGAGAGAAAAAUAGCGUACAAGGUUUGGGGAUCCAACUUUACAACCCACAGACAGAAACACUGUUGGCCUCAACUCAACUCAACUCAGUAGUUUUGUGUGAAUAAAACACUUUACUAGUACGGAGUGACAUUUGGGAUUACUUGUUAGUAUAUUUUAAAAAAGAGAGUAGAGGUGCAGAGAGGACUGAUAUAUCUGUCGGCGCCAGGUCACUUUCUGUCGGCAUAUAUAUACUACACACAUACACAUACACAUACACAUACACAUACACAUACACAUACAUGGCCUGUCUGUCUGUCUGUAUCCAACAAUGGUGAGGUGAUGAUUAUAAUGCCAACUCUCCCCUAUUAAACUAUCAACCUAAACUCCCAUUCAUUCAUUGAUUUUCCCUUGUUUUAAUGUGCCACGGAAUGCGCUUUAAUUCUCAUCCCGAAUGAACUCAGCGUCAAUGUCUUAAAAUAUAUUUUCCCAAAAGUAGUCGCUCAAGUGGUCGCCAAAUGUCAAGGACUCUUGCAGCAAUUCUAGGAGGUGCUGCAGGAGCCGUGGCAUUGGUCGGGAUUCUCAUCCUCGUUCUAUGGUUCUGUAUUUUUCGUAUAAGGAGCACUUCAAGAACUUCUGAGACGGCAUCUUCUGAUCCCUCUGUUCAAGUUGGAAAAAAUGCUGGGGUUGAAUUGAGCUUACGAGAUGCCAGGCGCUUCCACAUAGAAGAAUUGUCCUCCGCCACAAAAGGUUUUAGUGAUAAGAGCUUGAUUGGCCAAGGAAAAUUUGGGGAGGUGUACAAGGGAUUGCUUCAUGAUGGUAUGCUUGUAGCAAUAAAAAGGCGAUCUGCUGUCCCUAGUCAGGAAUUUAUUGAUGAGGUUCGCUAUCUCGCAUCUAUUCAGCACCGGAACUUAGUCACCCUUUUAGGAUAUUGCCAGGAAAAUGAUCAGCAGAUUCUUGUCUAUGAGUACAUACCUAAUGGAAGUGUAUCAAUUCAUUUGUAUGGCGGCGGUCAGGUUACACAAGAGAAGCUAGAGUUCAAGCAUAGGCUUUCUAUAGCUCUAGGGGCAGCUAAAGGUCUUGCUCAUCUUCACUCGCUAAGUCCCCGCUUGACUCAUAAAGACUUUAAGACAGCAAAUGUUCUUGUGGACGAAAAUUUCAUAGCUAAAGUUGCAGAUGCGGGAUUACGCAAUUUUCUUGGAAGAUUUGAGGUUGCAGGUCCAUCUUCUCUAGUGGCUGGUGAUGACAUAUUUCUUGCUCCAGAGGUCAGAGAGUUCCGACGAUUUUCUGAGAAAAGUGAUGCCUACAGUUUUGGUAUCUUUCUCCUGGAGCUAGUUAGUGGCCGUGAAGCAAUGGAUUUGCUAUCUUCCGAUUUGAAUGUUAACAUAGUUGAAUGGGUGGAGAAUUAUCAAGAUUCUGGAAACAUAUCUGCCAUCAUUGAUAAAAGGUUGGGUAAUAGCUUCACCACAGAAGGCAUGGAAGAGUUCAUGCAAUUGACUGUCCGGUGCGUUGACCUUUCGAGUGAAAGGCGGCCCACCAUGAGUUAUGUGGUAACGGAACUUGAUCGGAUCCUGGAGAAAGAAAUGAGCUUGACAACAAUCAUGGGAGAAGGAACACCAGUUGUGACUCUUGGAAGUCAACUUUUUCGGGCUUCAAAAUAAGAUGAAGUUGGAAUUAAGCUUCUUGGUUGUAUUAAUUCUUUUGUUUGUGUGAUUUGUCAUAUCAUAUUUACAGAAACACCAGAUUGGAAUGAGAGAUGCAUCCAGCUGCUUGCUAAUUGUAAAAAGAAAAAUUGACAGCUGUGUUUUUUUUUUUCCUUUUUAUUCUCAUAAAUGUACUCGAAACCUUGUGAUAAACAAUUAUUUGUUGAUAAUAGAUGAAGAUUUUCUGCCAUGGAA